AUGGUCAGUUGGCUAGAGGGCACUGGUUUUACCUCCAGGGCUGAUAUGUACGCGCGGGCCUUAUCGCGGGCCGUACCGCAGGAUGGUGAAGACCUAUGCACCAUAAGAGCAGCAGCUUUCAUCAAGCGUGACGAAUUCGCCGUUGGGCGCGACCGUCUACGAGAGUGCGCUUACUUGAUCUACCUUGGCGCUUUCCAAGGUUAUUCUACUGGCAUUUGGUGGGAAGCACCAGCACCAGGUAUGGUGAUUGGGGGCUUAGCAGCGCACGUAUCGCCUCAGAUGAACUACGGCAAUACUAUUGGCAUUGUUGUUCCCCCACUUCUUGCAAUCUGCAAUUAG